AUGGAAAACUACACCUCCAACAGCCUCACACUCCAGCUGGAGGGUCUAAAUGUUUCUAAAGAGUAUUUGAACCCUGUCUUUCUGUUUAUCUUUUUCUCUUACCUGUUUAUAAUUGUCACAAAUGUGAGCAUUGCAAUUCUGAUUUUCAUCGACAAAAACCUUCACCAGCCCAUGUAUCUACUUUUUUGCAACCUGCCAUUUAAUGAUAUUCUUGGAAACUCUAUCUUGAUACCCCGUCUGCUCAUAGACAUGUUGAGGCCUCCCUCUGAACGCAUCAUUAGUUAUUAUGAAUGUGUGCUACAAGCGUUUACCUCACAUAUGUUUGGGACCACCUCUCACACGGUGCUCAUGAUUAUGGCUUUUGAUAGAUAUGUGGCUAUCUGUUAUCCUCUGCGCUAUGCUGCCAUAAUGACAAACAAGAUGGUGAUCAAGCUGACAGUUUCUGCCUGGGGAGUAGCCUUUGUUUUGGUCGGGAUUCUGCUCGGUCUGACCAUACGCCUGAACCGAUGCAGGGCUAUGAUCACAAAUCCUUACUGUGACAAUGCUGCUCUGUUUAAACUGUCCUGUGAGAGUGUGUUUAUUAAUAAUGUCUAUGGCCUCACUUUCACUGUAGUUCUGUUCACAGCUUCAAUUGGCACUAUGGUUAUCACCUACACUAAGAUAACUGUAGUCUGUCUCACCAGUAAGAGCAAGUCUUUGAACAGUAAAGCUCUGAAGACCUGCAGCACUCAUCUGGUUCUUUUUCUGAUCAUGAUUUUUAGUGGGAUGUCUGUUAUUACUCUGCAUCGCUUCCCUCAGUACACAAACUACAGAAAAUUCACCAGCAUUUUGUUUCAUAUCGUCCCUAGCAGCCUGAACCCCAUCAUUUAUGGUGUGCAGUCAAAAGAGAUACGAAAGUUUUUGGCCAACUCCUUUAAGUCCAAGAAG